GCAGCAGACCAGCACCGGCCGUGUUUUGCGGACCGUGGAUAGUCGUAGUUUACUUCAGAAAGUCGCCACCAGACCGCCCGAAAGUUUCCCCCCCGGUGGGAAAAGUUGCAGAAACAUGCGCUCGCAUCUGGACAAACGCUCCACAUAGCAGCGCGGCUCGGUUCGGUGACCUUGCUGUUUACGUUACGGAUGACUUGACGCUCACAUCGAAAUGAGCCGGAGCACAAGUGCAGCCUGUCGGGACCGUUUUAUCCACUGAAACCGCUUCUUUUAACAGUCCCUCCCGUUUUGGAUCCAUCGUUAAUCUGUGGAUUAUUAUGGAUUAUUAUUCUCACCGUUGCCUAAUCCAAACCGGGAAUUUUGGGGAUAACUGCUGAUCCCGUUUUUUGUUGAUGGUGAUGAUGAUGAAGAUGAUGAUGACAGAGAAAAGCGAUGGUUUCCUUUUGCUAUGAUUUUGAGUAGAGAGGAGUUAGUUACAUGGAGACUCGCCUGACAUGCCAAGGAAGGAGUUGCCGCUACCUGAGGGUUGGGAGGAAGCCAGAGACUUUGAUGGCAAAGUCUACUACAUUGACCACAUCAACCAGUGCACCAGCUGGAUCGACCCCAGAGACAGGCAGACGAAGCCUCUGACGUUUGCUGACUGCAUCGGGGAUGAGCUGCCGGUCGGCUGGGAGGAGGCGUACGACCCCGUCGUUGGAGCUUACUAUGUCGACCACAACACCAAGAGCACCCAGCUCGAGGACCCGCGGGCUCAGUGGCAGCGCGAGCAGGAGGCCAUGCUGCGGGACUACCUGGCUGUGGCCCGGGACGCCCUCAGCGCCCAGAAGGAAAUCUACCAGGUGAAGGAGCAGAGGCUCCGCCUGGCGCAGCAGGAGUACCGGCAGCUCAAUGACGCUUGGAGGGACAAGUCGACGUCGCAGACCAGCUUGAAUUCUAGAUCUUCCUCUUCCAGCAAGUACGACCCAGAGAUCCUGAAAGCGGAAAUAGCCACAGCCAAAAGUCGGGUGAACAGGCUGAAGCGGGACCUGGCCUGUAUGAAGCAGGAGCUGCAGUACAAAGAGCAGGGCUUUAAAACACUCAAAGAGAUCGACCAGAAGGUGUCCAACAGCCCGUAUGGCUACAAGCUGCAGGAGGCGCAGGCCAUCCUCAGUGAGGUCCGCUCCAUCCGAGACGCUAUCAGCUCUGGGGAGAAGGAGAAACAGGAACUCAUGCAGAAACUGGCGGUGUUGAAGGACGGUUUCCAGCUGGACUCGGGCUCGCAGCAGGAGCUGUGGGGCAGCAGCCCCUCGCUGGCCAACUCGGAGCUGUCCAUCCCUCGGCUUUACUCCGACGCCGGCUCUCAGACCGACAUCCCUGCUGAGUUCAUAACCAGCACCAACAAACUGGCGGAGAAGGUUCGUCUGAGUCUGAAGUACGAGGAGGCCAAGAGAAGGAUCGCCACCAUCGAGGUGCAGAUCGCCAAACUGGACAGCGAGGCGUGGCCGGGGCUGCUGGACCCCGAGCGAGAUCGCCUCAUCCUCAUCAACGAGAAGGAGGAGCUGCUGAAGGAGCUGCAGUACGUCAGCCCCCGCCAACGGCUGGAGCCCAACGACGCAGAGAAGCUGGAGUCUGAGAAGAAGCGUCUGGAGAGAGACCUGCAGGCCGCCAGAGACAACCAGAGCAAGGCUCUGACCGAGAGGCUGCGACUUCACUGCAGAAGGAACAAGCUGGUCAGAGAGCUGGAGGAGAUGGUUCGACUGGCCACAUCACUACAUACUCAGCUCAAAAGCCUCUCAGCCAGCACCCUGUCAUGUUCCUCCGGCAGCAGUCGAGGCUCUCUGACGUCCAGCCGUGGCUCUCUGGCCACCACCUCCAGCCUGGGCUCCACCUCCUCCCUCAGCUUCACCGACAUCUACCUGGAGCAGCCCGAGCUGGCCGACCCGGACUUCCAGAACAAGCUGGACAGCCUCCUGCAGGAGGGCGGCCAGGGAGGCUACCGCCCCUCCAGCUCCAUCACCACCAUCCACGAACACGAAGUGGUGACGGGCUGCGGAGGGAGGGACACUGGGAGGCCUGUGGGCAAAACGGGAGGGGUGGGGGGAGACGCGGGCUGCUCUGCUGGAGGAAGUGCAGGAGGAGGAGGCGGUGUCGGAGUGGAGUUGGGGUCAUCCAGAAUCCAGGCCCUUAGACUGUCAGAAACCCCGCGCUCCAUGAGCUCUUUAUCUCCGCGGUCGUCCCUUUCCUCGCUGUCUCCGCCGUGUUCGCCACUGGUCACGGACACUAGUUUCCUUUCUGGUGAGACGUUUACAGGCCAGACGGGGCCCGGUGGAUUGGGCCUGGACCUGGAGCUCCACAGCAGGCUAGCAGAACUGGAGCUCAGCCUGGACUCUCAGCAGCAGCGACGGGAAGAGCAUGGGGGCCCAGGCGGGCUGCAGGAGAUGCAGAACCUCAACACCACGCUGGGCGAGGAGGUCAAAGGCUCAGCUCCCCAGCUGCAGGCGACGGGGGCGGGGCCAAAGAAGAUCGGCGUGACCUCGGCGGUGUCUGACGAAUCAGUGGCCGGUGAUAGCGGAGUGUACGAGCCUUCAGAGCGCAGGCCCGGCCUCCCCGCAGACCUCCUCCUGGGCUCCUACGAGGAGAGGUUGGCGCUGGGCUGCUCCCAGGUGCAGCUCCGCUUCCGCUAUGAGUCCAGAGACCAGCGCUUCACCGUCUGCGUCGUGCAGCUUACCAACUGCAGCGCCCUCUGUUUGCCGGCUGACCAGAAAAUGUACGUGCGCGUGGCGGUGCUGCCCUGUGCGGAGGCCACCCGCUGCCUCUUCCGGACACGCGGCUCCCUGCCUCAGGACGUCGUGGAGGUCGGCGAGGUGUUCGGCAUGCAGAUAUCCCACAGUGCACUGCGGCAGAAGACCCUGAGGGUCGACGUCUGCAACAACAGCAAGUCGGGCCACGAAGAGUGUCUGGCGGGGGCCCAGAUCAGUCUGGCCGAUGUCAGCUGUUCGGAGGAGAGAUGCACCAAGUGGUACAACCUGCUGAGCCGAGCCUACAUGCCCGAGAUCAGCAGCAAGGACAAAGAGAGCAGAGCGGCAGGCGAUUCUGACAGGACUCGCGUUUCCAGCAGCGACACAGUCGGAGCUCCUGAGGAUGAUGAGUGGCAUGGCGACCUGCUGGAGGCAGACCUAUUCGAUGACGAAGAAGGAAAUCUCGUGGAGGGAGUGGGGCCUCUGGAGGAAGAGGACGAGUUUUAUCCCGACAGCAGCCGAUGGGAAGCAGAGGAAGAGGAGGAGGAAGAGGAGGAGCGGGCGACCAAACCCCCUCCGACAGCAGCAGCUAUCACAGAGAAGGUGAACAAGGAGACGAGUGUGGACGGCUUGUCGUCGUCACAACACUGCUCUGUGGUUCGGCCCAAGGAGCGCCGCCCCGACGUCCACCAGCAGAACCCCUUUAUGAGAGGGAACACCAUCAUCCGCUCCAAGACCUUCUCGCCUGGACCUCAGAGCCAGUACAUCUGCAGGAUAAACCGCAGUGACAGCGACAGCUCCACCCUCUCCAAGAAGUCUCCGUUCGUCAGAAACGCCUCCGAGAGACGCAGCAUGCGCAUGAAGAAGCCUCCUUUGCCAGUUAAAGGUCUGGACGGUCUGCUGCGGACGUCCCUGGACCUGGAGUUGGACCUGCAGGUGUCUCGGACGCGGCAGACCCGGCUGGCGCAGGAGCUGCGGGUUCUGCGGGAGCUGAAGACUCAGCUGGAGAAGGCGAGGCAGCAGGGCCAGAGAGAGCUGCCCGCCUGGGUCCAGGAAGACGAACGCUUCCGCCUCCUCCUCAAGCAGGCCGAGAAACAGACGCGAGAGGAGCAGCUGCAGGAGAAGCGGGUGGAGAAGAUGAUGAGGGCAGCAGCCAAGGACGUCCACAAGAUCAGGGGCCAGAGCCGCAAAGAGGUCCCUGAGGUCCAGACCUUCAGGGAGAAGAUGGCGUUCUUCACACGAGCAAAGACCAGCAUCCCCGACCUGCCGGCUGACAACGUGUAGAGAAGCAUUUCAAAGUAAUUCCCCCCACCCCCCAGUCUUAACCUGCUGUUCCCACGCAGAUGAAGCAAACGUUUGGCGGUGUUAUGAAGAAUUAAAAAAUAUGUGUAUAUGUUAAGUAGAAAAAAAAACAAACAUUCAAAACCGUGAGGAAACAAAUUUUUAAAGAGCUCAGCAUUUCUAAAGUGGAUAGUGUUCAUUUGUAAAUUAGUGACAGCACUGCUAGAGCUUUUGUUAUUCUGCCACUCUCUCUUCCGCUCUGUUUAUGGCGUCGUGUUUCUGUUACUAACUGGCUGUUUAUAGGCUUUUAGGUGUUUAAAAUCAUUCCAGCACAAAGUCACACAGCUGCACAUGUGCGUACAAAGAGUUUUGUACUAAAAGGACACGUUUGGACAUAAAGGAUAUAUGUAUAUUGGUAGCACAAGGUAAAAUCAAACAACGGUACGAGAGGAAAAUAAGCAGCUCAAGCUGGUGAUAAAACAAAAAUGAAUAUGUACUUUUAAGAGAUAUUUGAUAUUGACCUUCAAGUAAUGUGUUUUUGAGCAUUUUGAAAACUUUAUAUGACAAACAUACAAGCACACACUGUUUUUUAUGUUUAGAUUUUCUUUUGUUUUUAUUGUGAUUUCUCCCUGGAGCCUCCAUACAUGUGAGUGUGGAUCUGAGAGCUCCUCGGUUCUCCUUUAACAGUCUGUUAAACUGCCCAAGUUUAUUUCCUUUACUGUCUCCUCAAAGUUAUAAUCCUUAAGAUUGUUAUACAUCAAAACCCAUUUUUAUACUAUCAAUGGCGACAGUUUUACAGCAGUUCGGAGGAGGUAUCUCGGGCAUGGAGCCUUCUGGAAGUAAUAGUCAUGUAUGCGACGGGAGUUCUGUGAUGCUUGGAUAGACUUGAAACUCUCCUGGUUGAAUCGUCAGUACAAAAGAACGGUGACUGCGUUGAAACAAUAUGUGGUUCUUUGAUUGAAAAGUCCGAGUUAGACGACUCCCGAGGUGCUACUCAGCAUCAAACAUCCAGCCUUUAACGACCAGCUGAAGCUAAAGAUCACAGUCUGUCGUUUCCCGUAGUUUAAACCAGUUCACUUUCGGAUUCUGGGUCAGAUUUGGAUUAAUUCAGUAACUACGACCGUGUUUUUCGUUCCCAGCUAUGACGAUGAAGCCUUCUGAAUCUGGAGGUUUUCAGUGGUUGGCUUGCACUCUAGUAUUGAAGACCAGAGUCUAGACAGGUUCAAAUUACGUUCAGUCUAAGUGGGAAGGAGACAAUGUGUUUUUCGAGGCAGACGGAGAGUGUAAACUGUUAAAUGCAGGAAAAAUGAAAUGUAUUGCUGCUCUUUUCCACCACGGCUGCUCUGUGAUUGGUGGAGUGACAUGCUGUUGUCAGUGUUGCUGUUCUCUCUCUGUUUGGAUCAGGUCUAAUAAUCUUCGUGUCUGCUGUCGUCGAGUCCCCUUCGGACCUGGUCUCUCUUUUGCUGGUUAAAUUAAUUUAUGCGUAUUGGCGUUGGUUAUGUUUUCCGUGCGUCUGUUCUGAAUCGGUCCAAUUUUUUUUUACCCUUGAAGACUUCUGAAAGUCCUCUUCUCUGUAACAACCCUUCAAAGCCAGAACGCAGUGACUACAGACCAGAAUCAGUUCGGUUUUACUAUAUUAAAAUUACGACGCCAUAGAGAUGCGUAAUGUCAACGGAGAUACAGCCAACUACACAGCUAAAGCAAGAAAGCCAUAUCAAGUGAAUGCGAGCUCGGGCGAAAGGACACCCUUGCAUUUGCUGAACGUUGUGCAGAGACACAGUAGAGUAACUGCAGUUUGAGGUUCAUGGUCUAUGCCAGUGAAAUAAUCAGCCUUAAUAGGUAUAAAAUUGAGGCAUUACAACGUGAGCCUUUCUACCGGCCAGUUCACUUCGCUUCUGUAGUUCCUGCACUCUGCCUUUUGUGGGGCAGUAUUGUGAAAUUAUCCAGGAGACUUGUGUGUUUGUAUAUGGAGGAACACGAGGGUAACUAAAUUUAAAGCGGGGAAAAAUGCUUUGUCGGGCUUUUCUUUAAUCCUCCCUAUGACGAGCUGAUCCCUCUCAGCCCUCGGUCUGUGAACGCGUGCGCCAGCUCGUCUUCUUUUGUUGUAUUUUUCUGACGAGAGUAGCUGCGCAAAGAGUGUGUGCUGCCCCCCGGUGGUCUGCACAGGGGUCAUUUCCGACUGAACUGUGUAAUUAAAACACACUCGCUGUUACCACCAGUAACCACAGGUGAUGCCAAAAGAAUCAAGACUGAAAUCUUAAGGAUUAUAACUUUCCUAUCUCCAAAUCAAACACUAACAGAAACGUUAUUUUUAUGUAAAAUAAGCGGGUCGAUCCCCCCUGAAGCUUGUCCGAUGUGUACAAUAUUGCGAGCACAGAUGGUUGUGCACAAGAAUCAUCAGCAAAGCCUUCUGAUUCAGCUCCGGUGUCUUUCACCGCAUGAUAUCCCACGAGGGGACAACCUGGAGCGCGUCUUUGCUUUGCAAACGUUAGUAAAUGAACUGGACCUGAUGCUCCAGGAGCGGUUUUUAUCAGCCAGUCCGAGGUCUAAAGUAAAAAGUCGUCAUGAUUGUCUCUCACCAGAUACACACACACUCAGCAAGGUGUAGAAACAGCACUAAUACUCAGGUAGUUGAUCGGAUAGUCUGCACUUUAAGAAACUUGAGGUAAAAGUUAAAAAAAAAAAAAGGUUAAAAAAAAAGAAACUUGAUGUGGAUUUUUUUGAAGGUUAAAAAAAAAUCUAGACACCUUUGCCUCGUGCUGGAAUGAUUGUUGAUUGUUGAAGCACCCAAUGAUUGUCGAAACCCACACGAAAGUGAAGAUCAAGCAUAUUUUUGAUGACUGUGAACUUCUUACUGAUUGUAUGAUUGUUAGACUGGAAGUGACUAAAAUCCCCACGUUCUGAGACAAACUGUACAGCAGCCAAUAGGAAGACAGAAGUUCUACUUUGUUUCUUCAGGCUCCUGAUCUUCACUCUGAUUGGCUGGUUAAAUUAUUUUCUGCCCUGAUGAAAGCUACGUUUUGUCAGUUUUUACUGUUCCCAUUUUUCCUCUGUUUCUGCUCUGUAACUGGAUUUCUUGGAUACAUAUCUGAGUUUUCACCUGUAACUGGAUGUUCUGCAGCUGAAUCUGUAUAAAGUUUAAACAUGUCAACAUGGUGCCCCAGCAAAACUGCACACAUCAUCUUCACGAUCUUCUCAUCAAGUCUUUCAGUCACCAUUAUGUUUUUUUUUUAAUUUGAUUUUUUUUUUUAAAUCUGUCUGGACCACAACUUUACUCUUUUAGUUCACUCUCUCACUGCUCUCGUAGCGUCGCUAGAAGGACUUUGCAGCAGCAAAGCUCUAAAAAGCCACUGUCCGCUACCUGCAGAUCAGCAAACAGCAGACUGAAACAGUCAGAGACCAGACGGUGAACACAAUGGAGCAUUUAGCAGCUACAGGGCCAGAUGCUUCCCACAGGAGCUGGUGGAGACCAAAACCAGAGCUAAAAGAGAGGGAGUACUGGACUUAGAUUCAUCAGGUGGAUGAACUGCUGGAUGUGGAAAUAGGAGACUCUUGGCUGAAAUUAGCCAUAGCAUCUUUAUAAGGAUUUAAGGGUUUUAAGGAUUUAAUCGAUUAUUUAAGUGUCAAACUUCCCCGAAGGCAGGGAAACACAGUAUUCAUUAAGAUUUCUGUUGUAUUCUCUGCCAUGAAUUGCAUGUGGGUUAUUUUUAUGACAAGAAGCUCUUUUUGAAUACGACCCCACUGACCAGAAGGACAAGAGUCCAAUCCAUCAGUACAUGUAUCAUCAUGUUCAGGUGGUUUUUCAUAAAACUAUCAGUCUGUGAAAGUUCUGCGUGGUGGCCGUGUCCGGUGGGUGGAAAAGGUUACAUUUUCUG